AAAAUCAAAAAGAAAGCUUACGUCAAAUUAAUCAAAUAAGUCAAUAAAUGUCUGUGCCAUAUUUUUUAAAAAACAUCCCUCCCGGCGUUUACGACGAUAUAACAUAUUUAACGAGAAAAGAUGAUUUAUACAACGAAGCAAUCGAAAUGUUAAACAAAUCGAAUGAAAUUAGUAUUUUUCCGGUUAUGAUUCCGUUUAGUAAACCGGAAAUCCUAAGUUUAUUGCUGAUUAGUACUGAAAAUUUCGUUUUUAUUUUCGAUAUUUUGGCGUACGGGAACCAAAAGGUCCCCGAAGAAUUCUCGAAAAUCUUCUUGUCGAAAAAGAAAAAGAUCGUUUUCGAUAAAAAUCGGACUUUCUCGCGAUUGGGGUUUAACACGGCGGAAAUAAACGUGCCCCAUAUAGUCGAUAUAAAAAUGUUGGAUUAUCUUUAUAAUUUAAUUAGGAAUCCUGGUCAAAAUCCGAAUCGGAAAUUGUUGCAUUGCAUGGAGGAAUGUUUUCCGCAGGCUAAAACAUGGAUUGAUAUUUCUGCACUGUUAGUGUUUGUUAAUUGGAUUGAUCGGCCACUUCUUCAAAUGCAACAUAUGAAAAUAGGAAGAUUUGCAAGUUUUUUAUUACCCACGUGUAAAGUUUUAGAAGAUAAAUUAACUGAUUGUUUAAGUUAAUAUUUUUAUUAAUCAAACUUUUCUAUUAUCACAAAUGUUAAGAUGAAAUUAAUAUUAUUUUAAUAAAUAACAAGAACCAUGUCUGUCUUUAAGUAGUGUCAUGAAUGAUAUUGAUUGGAUUUACAGAGUAACAUUGAGAGAGACCAUGUUAAAGGAUACUAAGUAGGAUUUUGAGAGAUGUUUGAGAUGAAAUUGAGUGUAUCAGACGACAUUUACUGCAUUCAUUUUAAAAGCUUGAGUGCUGUCUGAGACAAUGUUGAGGAGUUCCAAGAAAAGUAUUGAGGGAUGUCCGGAAAAAUGUUGAGCAAUGGUAUUAAAAUGUGUUGAGGGGUGUCCAGGAUGAUGUUGAAGAGUACAAAGAACUUAGUAAAAUAUACUCUGAAUAACGACUAGAAGUAUCAAAGUUGUUAUUCACGAAUAUCUGAGAUGGCGAGACGCUGUUAAGGCUUGGAAUAACCAAUAUUUGAUAUUCGGUAUCCCCUUCGGCCAGAUAUCCGGUUAUCCGGCAUAUCUAUACGGCCAUUAUGGUUAUAAUUUCUGGUGCAUUUCUGAAGUGAUACCCUACAUUGCCGCAUUAUUACGAUAUUUGUCUAAAAAUGAAAUUAAUAAGAAAGCUGAUUUAAGAUAUGUCAACUUAUUUGGAUCCAAGA